CGGGCGCCUUGUUGAUCGCCAUUUUGCGAAAAAAUACGCUCUUAAAAAGAAUUGUUGCACCGCCUUCACUUUGUUGACUCUUCUACGCCACACCACGUGCGAAGCAUCCAUUGCAAAUGUGGGCAGCGCACUUUGGACAGUUCGCGGCCUCUUCAAAUGCUGAACCUUAUGCCCAGCUGACGGAAGAAAGGAGGGCCAGUCCAGCCUGAAAUCUCCAGAGAGGAGCUUCCUCUGCCCACAAUGAAUCGAAGUUACAUGCAACAUAGUGCAAUGGAGAUUCAAGAUGUGCGCAGCCUUACGGAGAAUGGCAUCUUGGCGGAUGCCUCUGCACUUCUCACAGAGGCAUCGCCCGGGGAGACGGCAGUGACUGCCUUGCCUGUGGUCAACUUGAGCAUUCCUUUUCUCAGCGGCACACAAGGCAUCAUGAUUGGGACCACCCAGGAUGGAUCAGGAGCAUUUGUAGUGGACGCUGCUCACCUGUCCCUGCUUAGCUCCAGUGGUGUCUUUGCAGACGGGGUUCUCCAACUCACUGUCCAGGGCAAUGAUGACACAGAGCAAGUGGUAGUGCUCCAACCGCAAGACAUGGCUAGCUUGGAAAGCAGUGGCACAGCACCUCUAAUGGAGUUGAGCACAAACGUGCCUGCAGGCAUGCCACUGAUUACACUGCCUGAAGCAGACACUGCUAAAAAAAUGCCACUUGCAGUCCUAAAAGUCGACGACGUUGGGCCACCUGUUGGCAAGGGCCCAUUCAAGUGCAGUGUCUGCAGCACGGAGUUCCCGAAGUGGAGCCAGCUACAGCGGCAUGAGCGUGCACAUGCCGAAGACAAACCUUUCAAAUGUUCAAGGUGCGAAGCAUCUUUCAACCAGGAGUUGAACCUUCGGCUGCACAUGGCCACCCAUCCGGGUCCGGGACAGCCAUCCUGCCCAGAGUGUGGCAAAUCGUUUGCACGCCUGGCCAGCCUCAAGGCACACCUGAUGCUGCACCAGAAGGAGGAGAAUCUGAUCUGUGCUGAGUGUGGCGACGAGUUUAGUACACAGGCACGCCUUGACCGCCAUGCCCAGGAGCACAAGGAUGAGCUUUCUAAGGUGAAGUUCUACUUCUGCCGACAGUGCCCCCAAAGGUUCUGCAAGCAGCCGCUUCUUAAAGAGCACAUGAAAAUGCACUACAAAAUUAAGGCAUCCCUCUCCCAUCGCACAUACAAGAAAAAUAUUGAUCGCUCAUCAUUCUCUCAUAAAUGUACAACAUGCAAAAAGCAAUUUCAGAAGCCCAGCCAGCUGUUGAGGCACAUCCGGAUACACACAGGAGAGCGGCCCUUUGAGUGCAAGAUUUGCCACAAGACAUUCAAUCAGAAAGGAGCUCUCCAAAUUCACUUGAGUAAACACAGUGGGUUGAGACCACAUCGCUGUGAGUUCUGCUCAGCUGCUUUCUCUCAAAGGGGCAACCUGCGUGCCCACAUCCAGAGGGUUCAUUCUGCGCCACCCAGUGACCAGAACACACCCAUGUUCAGGUGUCAAGAGUGUGCAUGCACUUUUCGGCGGCUGGGCAGCCUGAAUGCACACAUGAGCCGAGUGCAUUCCGGCCAGAUGAGCCUGUCAACCAACCUAUCAAAGAAGGAAGCAUUGGAGUCGCUGUCCAAAAGUCUGCACCAGCAGACUUCAGUUGUCGUGGACAUCUGCCGUGAAGACUUGGAUAAGAAAGACCUGUUGAACCAGAGCAAUGCGGACCUCUUACAGCAAGUGCUUGUCAACAGUGGGCUCACUCACAGUCCUUCUACAAACAAUGCCGAGGCAAAGAAAACACCAUCACCACUACCACUGCCACCACCGCUGCCACCACCACCACUACCACUACCCCCGCCACCGCUACAAGAAGUACCAUCUGUCACAAAGGACAGCUUAUUGCCACCUCCUUCCAAUCCAGUUGAGACAGCAGUGGAAAAGGUGGCUUCUACAACUGAGCGUGCAAUGGUGAUGUCUGUUGCUGACACUGCAACAGGUCAAAUCAAGAUGCACAUCUAUAGGAUGGUGGGAAAUGUGCGCUGGCACCAGUGCAUGUAUUGCACCAAGGAGUUUAAAAAACCAAGUGAUCUUGUGCGGCAUAUCCGGAUACACACUCAAGAAAAGCCUUACAAGUGUAGUAACUGCUUUCGUGCCUUCGCUGUCAAGAGCACCCUGACGGCACACACUCGGGCAACCCAUCUGGGUGUCAAACAAUUUCAGUGCCCCACCUGCCAGCACCUGUUCUCUACAAGAGGCUCCUUGAAAGUCCACAUGCGAAUCCACACAGGGGACAAACCAUACACAUGCGGAAUUUGCAACAAGAGCUUCAGCUCAUCUGGGCGCUGCAAGAUGCAUGUGGCCUCACAUUGUCGAGAUGGGGAGAAUUCACGUUUUUCUGCAAACCUUCACAGUGGCACAGGGGUCCUUUCAGACGAUCUCUCGUCAUUCAUUCCCAUUCAAGAGCCCAUCUUCAUCUCUGAAGCCACUGGUGAGGCAGCCCUUGAUGAUGGAGAUCUCAAGAGACCACCAGCUAUUCAGGAACGACCUUACAAGUGCAGCAUUUGCCCACUGGGGUUCAAGAAGUCCAGCCACCUGAAGCAGCACAUCCGCUCGCACACAGGCGAAAAGCCCUUCCAAUGCAAUGAAUGCCAACGGAAUUUUGUCUCCAAUGGUGUUCUCAAGGCUCACGUAAAGACUCAUACAGGCAUCAGGGAACACAAGUGUAAUAUUUGUGAUGCAACAUUUACUACUAAUGGUUCCUUGAAGCGGCACAUGUGCACUCACACAAGUGCCAGGCCAUUCAUGUGCCCAUACUGUCAAAAGACCUUCAAGACCUCAGUGAGCUGCAAGAAGCAUAUGAAAAUUCACCGUGGAGAGCUGAUCCUGCAGAGGAGUGGUUCACAGACCCAAGGGGAACAAGUGGACAGCACAGCAGCUGCUGUUCUCUCUGACUCACUUGUGGAGGCUUUGGUGCCUGUUAACCCUGAUGAGGUUAUGGGCCAGAACCACAGUGACCUGGAUGCAGCAGUCCCUGUUGUGGAGGAGCUUGUACAGGGCAGUUCUGUUGAACCAGGUGAUCCUGGUGGCUUUGUUGCACAAGAGGUUUUAGUGCAGGACAACUUGCAGCAGUUACAAGGGACCUUGUUUGGUGGCCAGAAUGACCAAGUGGACCUUGGACAGGCGACACAGGUGUUCUCACAAAAUGGCUUCUUCUCACAAACAUUGCCACAGCUCACACUGCAAGGUGAUGCCUUGGAUGUGGGCACUCUGGCUAACAGUUUUGUGACAUCAUCACUUGGUACACCAACUGAGCUUGCUUCAGGCACGCCUGAAAAUGAGCUGGUUGGUGAGCUCCCAGUAGCCCAUGAUGAUGCUAAUCCGACCUUAUCACAAGAGUCAACGCUGCAGCAGGUAGCACAAGAUGCUCUGCGUGGCACAGAAGUGGAUACAGGAGAUGAUGACAAGCCUUUUGUGUGCACAGUCUGUGACAAGCGAUUCAAGCGAUCUACAUAUCUGAAGUCUCACAUGCGGUGCCACUUUGCACGCAUGGCCUCUCAGAAGAAUUACAUAUGCCAGCAAUGCGGUGCAUGCUUCACCACAGCUUUCUCUCUGAAACGACAUGCUGUUAGUCACACGCAGGAGUUGCACUGUGACAGUUAUAUCUGCGCAGUUUGCUCCCUUGCUGUACCAACUGCUGCAGAGCUUCGACGACAUGCUUGUCAGCAUCAUGCAGCUGACAAAGAAAAGGCAGCUGAAGACUUACCGGCUGAGAACACGGAGCCAACUGUGGCUGUUGAUGAAUCUCAAAGGGUGUCAAAACGUCUGGCUGAGAAAGUGAAUGCUUCAAGCACACAACGUAAAUUUGUCAAAUUUACAGAGGAGCAGUCAAGAGAAUUGGCACAGAAGGAUCCUAAAGAAUCUACUUUAUCUGUUUCGGAAAGAGCCCUGAUUGCUACUGCUGCUGAAAAGGAUCGGGAGACACAAGAGUGGGAAAAGCCACCCGUUGCUGAGCACCCCAACCGAUGUGAUAUGUGCCCCAAGAGUUUUCGGAAGCCAAGUGACUUGGCACGGCACAUACGCAUCCACACUGGUGAGCGGCCUUUCUCAUGCGAGAUAUGCCAAAAGUCCUUCACGGUGAAGUCCACUCUCGACACACACCGUCGCACCCACCGAGGCGAACGCAACUACCCCUGCCACAUCUGCUCUUCCUUUUUCUCCACCAUGGGCAGCCUCAAAGUGCACAUGCGGCUGCAUACAGGGUCCCGUCCUUUCAAGUGCCCCCACUGCGACCUUCGUUUUCGGACAUCUGGUCAUCGCAAAAGCCACAUUCUGACACAUUUCAAGAGUGGAGGCGUGCGGCGCCGCAGUCGUCUGCAGCCACGAGAAGAGAAGGCUCCACAGGUGGCCAUUCUGGAAGAGCCCACUGAUGCAGAGGGAAUCAUGGAGGAGAUACAGCUGCAGCUAGCUCCAGGUAUCCAGAUUACAGGCCUCAACCCUUCUACACAGACAGUGCAGAUUGAUGCCACCUUCCUGCAGCAUUUGCAACAACUGCAGCAACAGGGCAACAUCAACAUCUCCAUAACUCCAUCAGCAGACUCCAGUGGUACAGAUGUGGAGCAGCAACUAGAUGCUGCAUCAUUUCUUAUUCAGCAGGAUGGUUCUGGUGGUGGCUCAGUAGUACUUGACCAGUCGCUGCCUCUGGUUGCAUCAGAGGGCAAAAAUGGAGCAGUGACAUUUACAGUGGUGGAGCCCACUGGCCCAAACCAAGAGCCUGCAGCACAGGUGGCUGCUGCUGAGCUGGGCCUUGAUGAGCUGGCUGCAGCUGAAGGCAGUCUCAUGGAAAGCACAGUCAUAGAUGCAGCUGACCUGGUGGCACCUGCAGCCAUUACAGAGGGUGCCGGGGAGAAACGUAGGAAAACGGCGGAUGAUGGGGAUGGAGCGCGGGUUCAUGUGUGUGAUCAGUGUGGAAAAUCCUACAAAAGGGCCAGCCAUCUCAAAGAGCAUCUAGAGUCGCACAAAAGCAAGGAUGAUAAAGGGAAGAAAGCUCCAUACCAAUGCCAAGAGUGCCCUAAGGCAUUUGCAAAGCCUAGCCAACUAAAGAGACAUGAGCGAAUUCACACGGGUGAGCGACCUUUCCAAUGCAACCUGUGCAACAAAUCAUUUAAUCAGAACAAUGCCCUACUUGUGCACCUCAUCAAGCACACUGGUGAGAAACCUUUCAAAUGUGAUGCAUGUGGGAGUCAGUUUACUCAGAAGUGCAACCUUAUGGUACAUAUCAGAAGGGUACACAAAGGAGAUGAGGCCACUUCCAAAGAGCCAGAAACCUGAUGUGUGACGUGUAGUUUCACACUUCUCUUUACGUGAAUGUGCUAACAAAGUGCAAGUAUUUAUUUUGAAUGUUAAAACCUGGUGUGAAUGAAAGUGGUUUCAAGUGCUGUAGUAUAUUUAAGUGUUAAGUCCCUUCUUAUUCCUUCUUGAUAUAAGUGUAUUGAAGUUUUGUUUUGUCAGAGUCAUCUUAUGCAACAGUGCAGAAGCUAGCCAUGUAAAAUGAUAGAACUGUUUCUUGUUAUUUGCCAGCUUUACAGCAUAGCCUCUUCGAUGUGCAUAACUCUUCAGUGUCUGUCAGCACAUAAUUACAAAUCCAUUGUUGCCUUCCCCUCUUAGGUACCCACACCGUGCAGCAUCUUUUUCUACUUAUUUAGGUGUCUUGUUUUGUUUCUUUACUUUCUGUCUCUCUGUCUUGCAUGAGGAAAAAUUUGCAUGGGGUAGCAGAUGUGUGUAAGGUGGAAAUAUCUUUCCCUAUUGCAUAGAACAAUGUUACAUUGCCUUUACAAGAUAAUGACAAGCACCGAACGUUCUAGCCGCAUGUAAUACAUCUAAAGUGGAAUAAGUAACUCGAAACUAUACUCCAUCACUCCAACACUGCGCAAUGCAAUGCAGGAAAGCCAUGGCUGGUGUCAGCCAAUCUGGAACAAAAGCCAGCUGCUGGUUUCAAAGAAGGGAGAAGGACUUGUCCACUCUGUGCUACUGACUCUUCUGUGACCAUUCCACUUAACUUAUGUUGCGCAGUAGAUUAGUGGAUCACAGUGGCGAAGCCCUUCUUCUGGUUUUCUUUCCUGGUUAGUUGACACAAUAGCCUUCCCUGCAUGGGAUGGAUUUGAUAAGAUGUAGCAUGAAAUCAGGUUCCUUUUUGUCGCAGCUUUUAUAAAGGUCAUAUCAUUAGUAAACAAAUGGGGCAUUAUAUUUGUUUUUGGUUACUGUUGCAACGGUCAAAUGAAUCAACUUUCAUUUCAUUUCACUUAUUUACCCUCAAGGCCAAAGGCAUUACAGAAGGGGGUGGGUACAAAAAUUUGAAAAACAAGAAAAUGCAGCAAAAAGUUAGUGUAUAACAUAUCUAGGUGGCUCCUGAAGUAACAGUAUUAGCUAAGGUAGUGCGAAACAGGCAAUUGUCUUCAAUGGUGGCGGUUGGUCCAGGAAGGUGGUUCCAGUUUUAUGCUGUACAGAGAAUGAAAGACUGAAAACAAAAUUUUGUUCGACAAGAAAUGAGUGUAACUUUAUAUUGGUGAUCAGUGCGGGCAGAGACAUGUGAAGGUUUGGAUAUCAAGAUGGAUCGCAAGUAGGGAUUGUGAUAAUAAAUUUUAUGAAAUAAACAACGACAAAAAUACUGACGGCGAUAAUCGAGCUGAGGCAGGCGCAAUGUAUUUUUCAUAGAUAUUACACUGGCUGCUCUGCUGUAAUUUCCUGUAAUAAACCGUGCAGCGUUGCUCUGAACGAGUUCAAGAGAUUUAAUUAGAACUUCAGUCCCUGGAUACCAUAUUGAAGCAGCGUAUUCUAAUUUUGCCCUUACUAAAGUGGUGUGCAAGAGUGUCUUCAGUGAAAUCGGGGCGGAUGAAUAGUUGCGACAAAUGUAGCCAAGCGUGCAGUUGGCGUUGGUAACUAUUUGUUCAAUGUGCAGGGACCAUGAAAGUGAAGAUAUUAUGUGAACAUCUAAGUAUCGGUAUGAUGUUUAGGUUUCAAGCAGUACGUUGUUAAGAUGAUAGAGGGCAGGAAAAGAUGCCACACAGGAGACACGCAUAACUUUGCAUUUAGUAGUGUUCAGUUCCAUGUGCCACUUCCUACACCAUGCAGGCACUGCAUCAAUAUCAUUUUGUAGCAUGUUAAUGUCGUUAUGGUCUGUAAUUUCACGAAAAACAAUGCAGCCAUCGGCAAACAGGUUAAUAUUAGACGAAACACAAGCAGGAAGAUCAUUAAUAUAAAUCAAAAAGAGAAGGGGACCUAAUAUGCGGCACCCCAGAAUGAACAGGGCUAGAAAAGGAUUCUUGGUCAUUACAUGUUACAUACUGCGAGCAGUUCAGAAGAAAUUGUUCUAUCCAUGAAAAAAAAAAUUUAAUAUCUAUGUUAAAUUGACUAAGUUUAACCCUUUGAGGGUCGAUUUUUUUCGCCAUAUGCGACCGCCCAGGGUCAAUUUUUUUUAUUGCAAAUUCCAAUUCUUCUUGGGGACUUAUUUCGAAGAUUUACCUUUAUUUUUCUA